GCCAAUCACACCCCGCUCAUCCCUUCUGAAACUCAGUCCCUUUGGCGGGCUCCCAGAGAACUCGCCUAAGAUCCCAGCCCAGGGCUCUGGGAGGGGCGCGGUGGAGGAGGGGAGGAAGCCUUGACCUUCCGUCUGGGCUCAGGGCAGAGACAUGCACGGCCCCCUCACCCCCACCCCCAGCUGCCUCUGUCCUCCGGGCGGCUGUCUGUGAGCCAGCACUCUCGGGAGGCGGACCCGGGACAGCACUGCAUGUCCUUUGCUCUGAGGCAUCUGACAGCCGCUCCUCAGACUCCAGCGCUGAGCACACACCCCCCCGCCCCCCAUGAGGACUGGGCCGCAGUGCUGGGUGGGCGGGGUGGGGUCCAUGCCAGGAGCUCCGGGUAUAAACAGCCGCCAUGUAUGGAGCCGGCACAACCUCCCUUGGACCCCUGGACCCGCCGGCAGCUGGGAGCCCAAAGCCCCGGAGAUGAAGGCCCUGUUCCUGCCCAUCGCCCUCAGCCUGCUCGCCGCCCUGCGGGCCCAGGACCCCCCAUCCUGCCCUCUGGAGCCCCAGCAGAUUGCAGGGACUUGGUAUGUGAAGGCCGUGGUGAACGACAAGAACAUGCCUAAAGAGAUUAGGCUCAGGAAGGCAUCCCCUUUGACCUUGACGGCCCUGGGCAGCGGGGACCUGGAAGUCAGGUUCACCUUCAUGAAGGAGGACCAGUGCCAUGAGAAGAUAAAAAGGAUGCAGCCGACUGGGGAGCCGGGCAAAUACAGCUCCAAUGGCGGCAAGAAGUACAUGUCCAUCCUGGAACUGCCCGUCGAGGGCCACUACAUCCUUUUCUGCCAAGGCCACAUCCAGGGGAAAUCGGUCAGCGUGGGGAAGCUCAUAGGUAGAAAUCCCGACGUGAGCCCAGAGGCCCUGGAGGCCUUUAAGAUAUUCGCACAGCGCAAGGGCUUUUCCCCGGAGGACAUCUUCACACCUGAGCAGACGGAAAGCUGCGAGCCUGCAAGUGACUAGGGGGGCACCGAGGCUCCACGGCAGGACCCGCCAUCCUGCAGGAUGUGGGGGUAGCCCCUGGGACCUGGGCCUCCCCACGCCCAUGCUCCCCAUUCCCUUCUCUCCCAGUCCUCCCUCCCCACCCCCCUGCUCCCUGCCCCACUUUCUCCCUCAGCCCUCUCUCCCCUCUUCUGGCUUCAAAUAAAAAGCUUCAGCGUC